CUUGUUGUUGUUCCCUCUUCAUUAGUAAAAGAUGGCUUUGAUGUAUUUUAUUCUCUUUGCUCUCUUUUCUUUCUCUGUGGCUCAGAGAGGGUGUGAGCCAGGACGUACCCAGUGCCCUACGUCUCCUCCUUAUGAUCCAGUCAAUAUCACUGCUGACUCCACUUACCGUUAUAUCACUACUGCAGGUUGUCCUCCAUAUCCUAAUCCACACUGGACCAACCCAGCUACUGCCUGUACUAGCAUUGAACAAAAAUUCACUUUCCCUCUUGUAGCUAAGAUAGCCCCCACCCCCAUACCAGUGGGUGAGCCGUACGGCCGCUACGACGGAAUCCUCUACCUCAAAGAAGACCCCUUGCCAAUAAUGGGCCCCCUGGGGGUCCUCACCAGCGGCGUGAAAGUUUUUGGCGUCGGGUCCUCAUGUGGUUAUAGCUCUAAAUGUCCAUCCGAGGGCGCCCCAACGAAAUACGUUGAUGCUGUUGAAUCUGAAGGUCACACUGUUGAUCAGUGUGGCGGCCAUGCUGCCCCUACUAACGACUAUCAUGUUCACUCCAGUAUUGGUAUCAACACCACUGAAGGCCAGGCUAAGUGUGUUGUUCCAACCGAUACCCCCGGACAACACUCGCCUUUAAUUGGUUGGAUUUUUGACGGGUACGGACUUUACGGGCAAUAUUCUGAGGGUGGGGUCAGACCGACUGAUUUGGAUUCAUGUGGAGGUCAUACUCAUGAGAUUAAUGGGACUAAUGUUUAUCAUUAUCAUAUUCCUAAUUCCUAUCCGUGGAGUAUUGGCUGCUUUAAAGGCUGUCCUCUUGUUGAUAAUAAUAGGCGAGAGUUCCCUGCCCUACUUGCUAAAUAUGGCUGCCAAUGAAGCUGUUAACCACCCAUGCUGUGCUAUUGAUUGCUAUUAUCUUGUUAAUGUUGCUGCUCUUUCUUAUUAUAAGUCAAAUCUUGUCUUUCUUUAACUGUUACAUAAUGUUUUUUAUGCUUUUGUGCAUGUUAAAACCUAUCAAAUUUUGCAAUACAUGUGUACAUGGGUGUAUAAUUUUUUUGUCAAUUAAAACCAAAAUUUUUAUGCACAUUAUACAUAGAUACAUGUUGUAUCAAUAUCCAUGAACU